AUGUCUACAUCCCUCGCGUUCGUAUUUCCUGGUCAAGGGUCCCUAUCGGUGGGCACGCUUGCCGACUUCGGCGCUGAAAAUCCAGUGAUCCUCGAGACCUUCAAGGAAGCCUCUAAGGCCCUGGGCUACAACCUGUGGGCACUCAUCCAGGAAGGUCCGGAAGAACAACUCGAUCAACCAGAGAAGACCGAGCCGGCAAUCCUAACUGUAUCUAUUGCCCUGUGGCGUCUGUGGUUGGAAAAUGGCGGUCCCUGCCCGGCCUUCGUUUCUGGCCACGGCUUCGGCGAAUAUAGCGCCUUGGUCGCGGCCGGCAGCUUGUCGCUGGACACUGCAGUUCGCCUGAUAGAGUCUCGUGCUCGGCUGAUGCAGGCAACUGCAGAGCUCAAUAAUGGCGCCAUGGCCACUAUCCUCGGCCUGGACGACGCCGAUGUGGUCGCCAUCUGCGGUGAAGCGGCCAAGGACCAAGUAGUUAGCGUGACCUACUUCAAUUCACCAGGUCAGGUUGUCAUCGCCGGCCAUAAAGCUGCGGUGAAUCGCGCCGCCGAGCUGUGCAAGGCCAAGGGCGCCAAGCGCGUUGUGCCAACGGCAGGCAGUGUACCGUCACAUUGCGCCCUAAUGAAACCCGCCGCCGGCCGUUUCUCUGCGAUGGUUAAUAGCGUCGAGUGGAUGACGCCGCAUAUGUCGGUGGUGCGGAACGUUACCGCCACCGUCGCUGCCGACCUCGAUGCGCUCAAGCAGGACCUAAUGGUGGAGCUAUACCAGCCGGUACGCUGGGCUGAGUGUGUGCGGGCCUUAGCUAGAAAUGGCGUGGUGAAUAUGGUAGAAUGCGGCCCAGGCAGGUCCGCCCUGAACAAACGUUGCGCCGACGGCGUGACCACCUAUGGCAUCGAUUCUCCAGAUCAGCUAGCCACAACCCUCGCAGCUCUAAGUUAG